GCCAUUACACUCCCUCUGCUGGGGGUCCCUUCUCAGCCCUCACUCCCAGCAUUUGGCCUCAGGACAUCCUGGCAAAAUACACCCAGAAAGAGGAGUCCAUGGAGCAGCUAGAGUUCCACUAUGAUGAGUUUGGUUUCCGCAUUGAUAAGGAAGAUGGUGCUGAGCCAAACUCCAGCAAGCUUCUGGGGGUCCCACUGACAGAGGAGCCACAGCAGAGGCUGAAGUGGCAGGCUCAUCUGGAGUUCACACACAACCACGACGUGGGUGACCUUACCUGGGACAAAAUUGAAGUCACCCUACCACACUCGGACAAGCUGCGCUCCCUGGUGCUGGCUGGCAUCCCGCACAGCAUGAGGCCACAGCUGUGGAUGCGCCUGUCGGGGGCCUUGCAGAAGAAGAGGAAUUCGGAGAUGUCGUACCGGGACAUCGUGAAGAACAGCUCCAAUGAUGAAACCAUUGCUGCCAAGCAGAUUGAGAAGGACUUGCUCCGCACGAUGCCCAGCAACGCCUGCUUCUCCAACAUGAACAGCAUCGGGGUGCCACGCCUGCGCAGGAUCCUCCGGGGGCUCGCCUGGCUCUACCCAGAGAUUGGCUACUGCCAAGGCACUGGCAUGGUGGCUGCCUCUCUGCUGCUUUUCUUGGAGGAGGAAGAUGCCUUCUGGAUGAUGUGUGCUAUCAUUGAGGAACUGGUUCCUGCCUCCUACUUCAGCACCACUCUGAUGGGCGUGCAGACUGACCAGCGUGUCCUGCGGCAGCUCAUCGUGCAGUAUCUGCCCCGCCUGGACAAGCUGCUCCAGGAGCAUGACAUUGAGCUCUCCUUGAUCACCUUGCACUGGUUCCUCACCUCUUUUGCUAGUGUUGUCCAUAUCAAGCUGCUGCUACGUAUUUGGGAUCUCUUCUUCUACGAGGGCUCUCUGGUGCUGUUCCAGCUCACUUUGGGCAUGCUCAGUAUGAAG